AUGGAACACCGCGUCGGCGCCGUCGUGACGAGGCUCUGUCUGACACACCGCUGGUCAGCCGGUUGGUGGUGGAACGUCGCAUCGGCAUCGUCUAGACGAGGCUCCGCCUGGUACGCCGUUGAUCAGCCGGUGGGAUGGAUCUCUGAAUUGGCACCGUCGACACGCGCCCAUCUGGUGCACCGUAGGAGACCGCAGGCUUGCGAAUAUGCCGUAAGCCAUUGGCAAAUUCGAGUCGUUCUUCCACUGCCAAAAAUCUCGUGGCCCACAGUGGAGUUCGGCCGCGCCGGUACAUCAAGCAGCCCCUAUUCAGGUGUCAGGGCACUGCUUCCUUCGGGGGGCCUGGAAAAGCUGGCCUAAAAAUUGCUGGGGAACCACGUCGUCUGCUGGCGCACCGUGGUCGCAGACGCAAAACUCACAGUCGAAACAAUCAAACUCGAAACACCAACGACAACAACCAUACUCAUUCUCUUCAUACUGCCUCUUCUACCUCUACCUCCGUCUAUUCUUCUGCCUAUUCUUCUCCUUCGUCAUCGUCUUCUCCACCUCCUUCCCAUCGCCCCACUCGCUUUCCCCAGACUGACAGGGUGAGCCCGCUCACUCUGGCAGCCUGGAAUGUUCGUUCCCUUUUAGACGAUCCGAGGAGCAACCGACCGGAACGGAGGACGGCGCUAGUGGCACGAGAAAUGGCGCGCUACAAGGUGGACAUUGCCGCACUCAGCGAGACCCGAUUCUCCGAACAAGGCCAACUGGAGGAGGUGGGUGCCGGUUAUACCUUCUUCUGGAGUGGCCAACCCAGGGCAGAGCGACGAGACGCGGGCGUCGCCUUCGCCAUCCGGACCGACAUCGUGGGACGACUACCCUGUUUGCCGCAGGGCAUCAACGAUCGCCUGAUGAGCCUCCGCCUGACUCUCUGGGGAGGAAAAUUCGCCACCAUCAUCAGCGCCUACGCUCCGACGAUGACCAAUCCCGACGCCGUCAGAGACAAAUUCUACGGGGACCUGCACGCCCUCUUGGCGACUGUGUCGAAGGCGGACAAGUUGAUUGUCCUUGGUGACUUCAACGCCCGCGUCGGCACAGACCAUACUGCCUGGAGGGGAGUGCUGGGUCCCCACGGUCUCCGCGGCUCCAACGACAACGGCCUGCUUCUCCUUCGCACCUGCGCAGAACGCCGCCUCACCCUGACGAAUACCUUCUUCUGGCUGCCGUAG